AUGGCGGAGAUAUCGAUAGGAAACGACCUCAAGGACUCGUUCAAACCAACUUCCAAAUGGAUCAACAACGGCAUCAAUUGGCUCUCGGACGUGGAGGAGUUCUACCGGGAAAGAGCCGCCAUUGAAAAGGAGUACUCCACCAAGCUCAAGGAAUUGUGCAAGCGCCACUUCGACAAGAAGGCCAAGGUAUCGGCACUGGUAUCAGUGGGAGACAACCCCCAGGUUACGCCGGGGUCGCUUGAAUCCGCCUCGUUGGUGCUCUGGACAGAUGUGUUGACCCAGACCGAAGCCAUUGCCGAGGAAAAGAACAAUUUCCACCGGGAACUCAACUCCAAGGUGGGCGACAACUUGGUGCUAUUGAAGUCCAAGACGACGCAGAUCGCUAAGCAGAUCGAGAGAAUCAACGAGCAUUUGGUGUCCGAGAAAGACAAGAGCGAAGAGGAAGUCAACAAGGCCAAAAAGGCCUACGACUCGCUCUGUCAGGUGACGGAAGGUGUACGUGAAAAGACAGAGAAGUCGGCUAGCGAAAAGUACCAGAGACGGUUGGACGAGAAGACGGUAGACAUGAACAACGGUAAAAACGACUACCUCAUCAAAAUCAACAUUGCCAACAGAUUGAAAGACAAAUACUACUAUCAAGAUGUGCCUGAAUUGUUGGACUAUUUCCAGGAACUCAAUGAGAACAGAGUGGGCUUGGUCAAUAAGAUCUUGAAGAACGCAGGAAUCAUCGAGCGUAACUCCAACGAUAAGUGCAAGGAAAAGCUACACUUGAUCGACGGCACCAUUAACCAAAACGAACCAAAGUUGGACACUGCGAUGUACAUCAAGCACAACAUCGUGGACUGGAAGGAGCCAUCCGAUUUCUAUUUCAUCCCCAGUUCGAUUUGGCACGACGACGAAGCAUUGGUGGUGAAGGAGCCGGAGUUGACCACAUUAAAAAAGAGAUUGAACGAAAGAUCAAUCGAGUACAAUAAGGUGGAAGAGAGAUGCUUGGACACGAAGCAAAAAUUAGAAGAAGCUACUCUCGCUAGAAAGCUGGACCCAUCUGAGUUGACCUUGAAGUUCGACGGCAAGCUCCUGACUUCCCUCAGCAUUUUGCACACCUUCAUGAAACAAGACGGUGAAAGAGUGAGAAAUGAGGUGGAGAUUGAAGUUAUUCAGAACUUUGCUGGUGAUAAGGACUUGUCCUACUACGAAGAAGCUAGGGCAAAGAAAUCUACAUUCGGAUUUUUAAGAAGCAAAAGCAAGAAGGGAAAGCCCACUGGUAACGGAGAAAGCGAUUCCCAGUCCAUUCAUACUGUGAAAUCUGCCAACAGCCACACACCAGGUAUGUUUAGUCUUCGAAAGAAGGCACACUCCAUUCUUUCUGGCCACUCAACAGAUGGAGGUGAUACAGCCAAGGCUUUGUAUGAAUAUUCUGCUACUGGAGACGACGAGGUGUCAAUUAGUGCUGGAGAUCAGCUCUUGGUGACGGGCGAAGACGAUGGCUCGGGCUGGACCAAGGUUCGUUUGGGCGAUGGCUCGGAGGGAUUGGUUCCCUCAACAUAUAUAGAAAUCACCAGGACUGGUUCAGGGGAUAAAAAGAAGGGCCCCUCUGUGGCCCCUAAGAGAGGAGCCAAGAGGGUACAGUACGUGGAGGCGUUGUACGACUACCAGGCCGACGGAGACGAUGAGAUCACCAUCAGUGCGGGCGACAGAAUAGUGUUGAUCCAGGACGACACCGACGGAAGCGGGUGGACCGAGGGAGAGUUGAAUGGCCAAAGGGGCAUGUUCCCAACCAGCUACGUCAAGAAGGUGUAG